CGAGGGAUUAAGAUUGUUCCAUCAUAAAUCUCUCAUUCUUCCUCUCUUGUAGCGCAUGUUGGAUCGAGAUCGAGGGUGUCUGAGCCGCGAGAAGAGGGAUCUAUUUGAUCAGGUAACACCGGGUUGCAAGCUGCCUCUUUCAUCCUCGCUUCCUUGCCAUUGCUUGACGUUGUUAUCGGUAGAGAAUGGGGUUCUUGAUGGAGGAUGUUCCUGAGGAGUUGCUGGUCGAUAUCGUCAAUAGAUUGGAGCAAACUGCGGACAGGAAUUCGGUUUCCCUCGCCUGCAAGCGCCUCUGCGCGAUCGAUGGAGAACAAAGGCACUUCUUAAAGGUCGGGAGCGGAGUGCAUGCCGCGACCGAAGCCUUGACCUCGCUCUGCAUGCGCUUCCCCAACAUCAAGAAGCUCGAAAUCGACUCCUCUGGUCGGAAGUCGAACCCGGCGAAGCAAUUAGCCAACGGUGGCCUCCUUCUGCUCCCUUCUUGUUGCCCGUCGCUGACGGAACUCACUCUGAGCUUCUGUUCAUCCAUCGACGAUUCCGGCCUCGCCUUCCUCGCGUCGUGCCCGAAUCUCAGAUCCGUCGAGCUCAAUUUUGCACCAGCAAUCACUUGUGCUGGGAUUCUAUCGCUCGUCGUUGGGUGCAAGAAUCUGUCCGCUCUUCAUCUCAAUCGCUGCAACAAAGUGAGCAGUGACGAAUGGCUGGAGUACCUCGGCAAGUUUGGGAAGCUGGAGGACCUCUCGAUCAAGAACUGCAGGGGUAUCAGCGAGGACGAUCUCAUCAAACUGGGGCCUGGGUGGAGCAAUCUGAAGCGAUUGGAGGUCGAGGUGGACGCGUGCCACAGGCAGUCCAAGGUCUACGAGAGAUCAUCGGUGGACAAAUGGGCGAGGCAUCAGAGCCGCUACAAGAAUCUGCAGGAGCUGCGGUUGGUCAACUGCAGCGUAGCUCCGGGGAGAGGGCUGUCGUGCUUGUUGGGGGGAUGCGAGGCUCUGGAGAGGCUUCGCUUGGACAUGUGCGUGGGGGUGAAGGACAGCGACAUGGUGGCAUUGGCCUUGAAGUCGAAGAACCUGAGAAGCAUCUCGAUUGGCCUCCAUCCCCAGUACAUGGCGCCUGUGCUGCUGAGCAAUCCAUUGAGAUUGACCGACGAGAGCCUGAGGGCAAUAGCCGCGGGGUGUUCGAAGCUGGAAGCCUUGGAGCUAUCCUUCUCGGAUGGGGAGUUCCCAUCCUUGUCGUCUUGCUUCAGCCAGGGCGGCGUCCUGGCGAUGAUCCAGAGCUGUCCGAUUCGUGUUCUGGCACUGGAUGCUGCUUGCUUCUUCGACGACGGUGGGAUGGAAGCCCUCGGUCGUGCUCCCUACCUGCAGACGCUGAAGCUUGCCGAGUGCCAGGGAGUGACAGAUGUGGGGAUGCAGCAGCUCCUCCGACGCUUUCCACGCCUAACCAGUCUGGAGCUCCGUAAAUGCGUGGGGGUGACGGACUUGGGGUUGAAGCCGCUGAUUGGUUCAUGCAAACUGGAGUCACUGACGGUGCAAGGCUGCUCUCGGAUAUCGGAGGAAGGUGUCCGAGGGGCUGCAAGGACUGUCUCUUACGAGCAGGAUUCGCCAUGGAUCCAUUGAAGAAUCAACAUCAGGUGCUCGGUUCAACGGCAAGGAGCA